AUGUAUCAAGGCUAUUUCUUUCUUCUCUUCCUCGCCAUGAGUUUUGUGAUCCAAGUUGCCCAUGGUGGUGGUGAAGGCUCACUAACACCAGAACAAUGUGGGGAUGCAUGUGAUUUUCGUUGUUCAGACACACAAUACAGGAAGGCAUGCUUAACUUAUUGCAACCUGUGCUGCCAAAAAUGCUUAUGUGUGCCAUCAGGAACCUAUGGUCACAAGGAGGAAUGUCCAUGCUAUAACAACUGGAAAACCAAAAGAGGAGGCCCCAAAUGCCCCUAA